GAUGUCUGGAGAAGACUUAAAACCAACCCCCUUGGAGGAACCUUGUGAUCAAAGGAAAACAGGAUUUUCUUCCUCCAAUUCCUCAGCUGCUGCUGCUGCUGCUCAGGAGGUCAGAUCUGCCACUGAUGGUAAUACCAGCACCACUCCACCCACCUCUGCCAAGAAGAGAAAGUUAAACAGCAGCAGCAGUAACAGUAGUAACGAGAAGGAAGACUUUGAUUCCACCUCUUCCAUACCACCUUUACAACGCAGGGAUUCAGCAUCCCCUUCAACCUCGUCUUUCUGCCAGGGGGGUUCUGUGACUGCUUCCAGCCACAUACCGAUACAGAAGAAGCUGCGUUUUGAAGACAACCUGGAGUUUGUAGGGUUUGAUGCGAAGAUGGCUGAGGAAUCCUCCUCAUCCUCAUCCUCAUCCUCACCCUCACCAACUGCUGCAACCUCUCAGCAGCAACUUAAACAUAAGAGUAUAUUAAUCCCUUCUGUGGCUUCGGUGCAUCACACAAACGGCCUAGCCAAAUCAUCUACCACCGCCUCUAGCUUUGCUAACAGCAAGCCUGGCUCUGCCAAGAAGUUAGUGAUCAAGAACUUUAAAGAUAAACCUAAAUUACCAGAAAACUAUACGGAUGAAACAUGGCAGAAACUGAAAGAAGCAGUGGAAGCUAUCCAGAAUAGUACUUCAAUUAAGUACAAUCUCGAAGAACUCUACCAGGCUGUAGAAAAUCUCUGUUCUUACAAGAUUUCUGCAAAUUUGUACAAACAGCUGAGACAGAUUUGUGAAGAGCACAUCAAAGCCCAGAUCCAUCAGUUUAGAGAGGACUCAUUGGAUAGUGUUCUUUUCCUAAAGAAGAUCGAUAAAUGCUGGCAAAAUCAUUGCAGACAAAUGAUUAUGAUCAGGAGCAUUUUUUUAUUCCUGGAUAGAACUUACGUUCUUCAGAAUUCUAUGCUGCCAUCCAUUUGGGAUAUGGGACUGGAGCUAUUUAGAGCUCAUAUUAUAAGUGAUCAGAAAGUUCAGAAUAAGACCAUUGAUGGCAUUCUUCUCUUGAUUGAGAGAGAAAGGAAUGGAGAAGCCAUUGAUAGAAGCUUACUCCGAAGUCUUUUAAGCAUGCUCUCUGAUUUGCAAAUUUAUCAAGAUUCUUUUGAACAACGAUUUUUGGAAGAAACCAACCGGCUUUAUGCAGCUGAAGGCCAGAAAUUAAUGCAAGAAAGAGAGGUUCCUGAAUAUCUCCACCAUGUUAACAAACGCCUAGAAGAAGAAGCAGACAGACUUAUUACUUAUUUAGAUCAGACCACUCAGAAGUCAUUGAUUGCUUCUGUAGAAAAACAACUUCUAGGAGAACAUUUAACAGCAAUUCUUCACAAAGGUCUAAAUAAUCUCCUUGAUGAAAAUAGAAUUCAAGAUUUAUCUCUCCUCUACCAGCUCUUCAGUAGAGUUCGAGGUGGGGUUCAGGUUCUCUUGACACAAUGGAUCGAAUACAUCAAGGCAUUUGGCAGCACUAUUGUAAUUAAUCCUGAAAAAGACAAAACUAUGGUACAAGAAUUGCUGGAUUUUAAAGAUAAGGUUGACCAUAUAAUUGAUAUCUGCUUUUUGAAAAAUGAAAAAUUUAUCAAUGCCAUGAAAGAAGCAUUUGAAACAUUCAUUAACAAAAGACCAAACAAGCCUGCCGAGCUUAUAGCUAAGUAUGUAGAUUCAAAACUUCGUGCUGGCAAUAAAGAAGCUACAGAUGAAGAACUUGAAAAAAUGUUGGAUAAAAUUAUGAUCAUAUUUAGAUUUAUCUACGGGAAAGAUGUGUUUGAGGCCUUUUACAAGAAAGAUUUAGCCAAACGACUGCUAGUUGGGAAAAGUGCAUCUGUCGAUGCUGAAAAGUCGAUGCUGUCCAAGCUGAAACACGAAUGCGGAGCUGCUUUCACCAGCAAACUUGAAGGAAUGUUUAAGGACAUGGAACUUUCUAAAGACAUCAUGAUUCAGUUCAAACAGGUAAAAUAUAUGCAGAACCAGAAUGUAUCUGGGAAUAUUGAACUAACUGUGAAUAUCCUGACAAUGGGCUAUUGGCCAACAUAUGUACCUAUGGAAGUCCAUUUACCACCAGAGAUGGUAAAACUUCAGGGAGUAUUCAAGACAUUCUACCUAGGUAAACAUAGUGGCCGUAAACUUCAGUGGCAAUCAACUCUAGGACAUUGUGUACUGAAAGCAGAUUUUAAAGAGGGUAAAAAAGAACUCCAGGUCUCUCUUUUUCAAACACUGGUACUGUUAAUGUUUAAUGAAGGAGAUGAAUUCAGUUUAGAAGAGAUCAAGCAAGCUACUGGAAUAGAGGAUGGAGAGUUACGGAGAACGCUGCAAUCAUUGGCUUGUGGCAAAGCCAGAGUGCUGGCGAAAAAUCCCAAGGGCAAAGACAUUGAAGAUGGUGACAAGUUUAUUUGUAAUGAUGACUUCAGACACAAACUUUUCAGGAUAAAGAUCAAUCAAAUCCAGAUGAAAGAGACGGUUGAGGAACAAGCAAGUACUACAGAAAGAGUAUUUCAGGACAGACAGUACCAGAUAGAUGCUGCAAUUGUUCGGAUCAUGAAAAUGAGAAAGACACUUAGCCACAAUCUUCUUGUGUCUGAAGUGUACAACCAAUUGAAGUUUCCUGUAAAGCCUGCUGAUCUCAAGAAGAGAAUAGAAUCCUUAAUUGACAGGGACUACAUGGAAAGAGAUAAAGAAAAUCCAAACCAGUACAACUAUAUUGCCUAAAAUGUUGGCCUUGGAGCAUUUGGUGUCGUAUGCAGUAGCCAGUGGAUAAACUAACAUGUUGAUCCUAUGUUAUUUGACUUCUUUUCUACUAUCGACCAAAUGAAACCAUGUAAUGGAAAUAGUUGAGUGGAUUUUUUCAGUGGUUAACAUGCCCAUUUAAAGAGUAAUACUUAUCUUUAAGAAAAAUGCUGUUGGAACUCUUUGCAUGUUAUUUAGUAUGAAGUGCAGAAACCUCUUUAAGAAAGUACCUGGUCUUCAUGAUUCCUCUUUGGAACUAAGGAAGAAGUCCCUAUGACUAUUAAACAGGGGGGAGUGGUUCUUAUACACCAUUGAUUUAAGCAAAAGAUUUAUUUGCUUAAAAGGUCACUUAAAGAUACUUAAAUUGCAUGCAAACUUUAUUUACUGUACAGAGUUCUGGAUGUAUUUAUCAAAUAGAAAAACCACCGUGGAUUUGGUUGUUCACCUGUUUUGUGAACCCCCUUGAAAAGAAAAACCAUUUGUCAUAGCUAUUGAUAUUUUACUAGAUGAUGUUCUGUUAAGUUGAAAGGGAUUUUUUUAAGACCUUAUUUUGGAACAAGUUUUCAAGUAGAGGGACAGAUGCUUAACAUACGAUCUGUAAAUACACAUCCUAAACUGUGCCAUUUAUAAGUAUAGGAUGUGUUACAUGGCUUAGACCUGAAUGUACUGUGUUAAUUAACACAUCCUCAUAAAAAUUGCUGAUGCAUAAGAUUGUUGAUCAGUUACACUAGAAGAACAUCCAACAUUUUUUUAAUUUUGUAUUAAAAAUGAACAUAAUAGGGAAUUGCAGAAGAGACCAAAUUCAACAUGUUUUGUAAAUGAUUACAAAUCCCUCAGCGACUUCUAAGCUUACUUUAGACUCUAGAUAUUGUUGGACAGUUUUGUCUGAACUCGGACCAAUUCUAUUUUGUUACAGGCUUCCUACAUAGGCUUUCUAGGAUUUUUCAUUUGGGUUUUGGGAAGAAUCCCAACUCUGCUCUUGUUUGGUAAAUUAACGCUAGACAUGAAAGUUCCUCCAAAUUUUCCCACACAUCUUUUCGUUGAGGAUUUCAAAUUUUGUGUUAUCCUGAUCCUCUUCCAUUUAAAAUUGCUUAAAGAGUUCUCAUAGCCACUGGACACCUGCUUUUCAGGAGAAAGUCCCAGGAGUGUUUGUACAUUCAAAACAACAGAAGUAUUGUUCUAGUUGGUAAUUUGUGCAAAAGGCUUCUCUCUACCAUCAGUGUUUUUUUGUAUUUUAAGGUGUUUUUUUUUUUUUGGUGGGGGUGGUUCAUAAUUGUUUGUCACCCCCCCCCAAUCUUUGAAGGCAAUGGAGAUGCAGAAAAUGUAAUGUUUAGGUUUUUUCCCCCAUAAUCAGAACUGUUUUAAUGCUUUUUGCAACAGUAUAUUUUCUUGCCUAUUUGGAGUCAAGAUAAAUACUUAGGUCCCAAACUUCAACUGAGAAUGCUUUUGUUUUAAUGUCUAUCAUUGAUGGUUUUUUGUUUUAUUUUGGGGGGGUUUCUCAAAGCCCCUGUGUGGCCAGCUAUUUUUAGAAUGCUGCCUGUUUCCAAUUGCAUAUACUUGUACACUAUUGUCUAGCUAUAUGUGGUAUUUAUAAUUCCUGCCUAAUUCUAUUUGAGACAAGCCAUUGUCUGUAUUGUUGGAGUCUCCUCCCUGUCGGCACUCAUCAUCUGAGUGCAUCUAUUAAUGGUUUCCCUUUGAGCAUACUGGACCAUCUCUAUCAGUGUUCGAACUCAUCCUUGAUAGUCUCUGAGAUGUAUAGAUGAUUAUGCAAGGAGGAGGAGCUUGAUAAUACCUUCAUUAUCUUGAAAGCAGGUCCUUUCCCUAAGGGUCUUACUAUUUGGAAAACUUGUGCUGUCUCAGCUGAAAAUUGGCGAAUGAUUAAAAAGCAAGUUGAGGGGCACUCAUUAAGAAAUUGGAAAGCAAUAUUGGAAAAUCGAACUUUCAGUUACACUGUAUCAGUUGGAUUUUUGUGCUCUUUUUCUCUGUGUAUGUGGUGGUUCUAUUUUUCUCCAAUAAAACUUUUAUUUAAAAAAUUU